AUGAUUGGCAAGGUGAAGAUUGGUAAGUAUAUUUUUCUGCAGUAAAAUUAUUUGUCUCAUUCAAAGUCCCACUACACUCGUAGGCAUAGGUUUAGGUCAUUCUUUUGGUUGCUAACAAAUAUUUUUUUUUCUUUUUAUAGGUUUAUAAUGAGGUUUUUAAUACUUUGAAGGGAGACCGUACAUGGAUGUUUGGCACAAAGUCUAGUAUUUGUAACAAACUGUUCGUUCCAAAAGAAAUGGAUUAUUACUUUAAAGAAAUGGAUUGUUAUUUUGCUAUAUUUGCUAUGAACUCGAAGAAUAUUGAUACACCAACUCCACCACUGAAAUCUUUGGGACUACAACUAUGCUAUGAUUACCUACUACAACAAAUUUAG